UGGCAAUGAAGAGAAUGGCAGCGUUGCUAUCUUCAAUCGUACCUAGGUACGCUUGGCAAGAUGACCACCUGGAAUUUUUGGGAAGAGCAAUUGGAGCAAGGGGCCAGUUGCGAUUUAUCUGUCUCUUUAUCGAUUGGAGGCGCAUAGGUCCUGGCAGAGCGCCUCACGUACCCAAGACCUCCUCUAACUGUUAAACCGGAGUAUUUCUCUAACGUUGCUCUGUACUCGGUACAACUCAGCCUUGGUGUUCAACCCCACUUUCUCAAAUACGCGUUGGUGGUCGCGUUGAGUGCUUGCGCCAACUCUACCGCGCCAACUCUACCGCGUCAAAGAGCCGACACAUGAUUCCAACACAUUCAAGCCACUUCAGCCUUUUUCUCAGCCGCUGACUGGAUUCACCUCUCCAUCGAAAAGACACCCCGCCACAGGCGAUAUUUCCCUGCGGCAAAAGGUCGACAAGCGUGCUACUCACUAUUGUUUCUUUGGGCAAUAACUGCGAUGAUGGGGCGACCUCGACUGCCGAAGGCUUCUCCGGCAUCGACUAUCUCGACUUCCGACCGCUCCCAGAUUCGGUGGUCCCCAGAAAAGUCGUUGCUCAAACCGGCCAGCAUCGAAGAUCCCAACUGUCCUUGCUAUGUCCUCAAAGAUGCCACAAUCUACCGGGAGGAUCGCCAGACCCUGGCCAAUCCCCUCGUCGACUAUGUCCAUGGAACUAUGGUCGUCCAAGGUUUUCUUGAGGAGCCCGAAAAGGACACUAUUGCUAACUUGGUCCGGCCCAAUGUGAAGACUGGCUACAUCGAGAUUUCCAAAUCAAGGUACUACGCAAUCGGAGACGGUCCGCUCUCUUGGUGGGUUUCAGGCGACACUGGCUGGUUUGAGAUUAAACCGUCGGCCAAGUAUCAGCGCAUGUACAACCAAGUCAUGGAAGCAAUCACACUCUACUACAGCGCAUACGAGGUCGAAGAAGCUUACAUCCAAGCUUGUGAGAAGGAGAGGAAGAGGAAGAAGGGCCAGCUGCCGCCCCCGCCUCCCCUGGACAAGGUGUUUCUCAAGUACGCGGUCAGGGUCGGUGACGGCAUCCUGCGGCAUGAGGUUGAGGCGCUGUGUCACAAAUGGGCCGGUUUCCUGAUUGCCCACUUCCAAAGGGAGAACGCCCUGGAUUGGGAUACAUCAGCCUUUGCAAAUUGGUUGCGCGAGCACCGCAAUGAUCUCCAUACGAAAGCUGCCAAUGGCGUAGUUGGCCCCCUACGGCCCUCAGAGACGCCGAACCGGCCCGACGACAGGACUCUGCACAAAGGAAGAAGCAAGUCAGCUAGGGCAAGCAGCAGAAAUAGCGAGGUCGAAGACAAUUCGCGGGGUUCUACGUUGAAGCGCUCGCUCAGCCCGCAACCAGAGCUACUCAACAGAAGCACGCCAAAAACCAGCGAGACCCCAGUGCCGCUACCAGAGAAGUACAGGUUAGCCUCUCAGCCAUCAAGCACGAAGCCACCUCCGGCGCCGGUCCAAGCGCCCAAGGACACGCCCAGCGAUACACCCACGUGGGAGGCUGAGCCCAAUAAUCCUGUCGACCGGCUGCUGUCAGUCCUACUGGAAAUUGGAACCGAAACUGACAUACGGGAGGCACUGCCGAAGACAAUUCACAGCAAAUUGUAUUUCAAGUGCAGGAUCAACAAGUACCAACACGCUGCAGACAUGGUCGCCUACUAUGCAAAAGAGCUUUUGCCACGAGUGCCCGCGGAAUGGAAGGGCACACCGUGGCAGCAGUGGCUUGCAAGCUCUGCCAAGCGUCCUUGGAACCCGGCAGAGCCGCUUGACCCGGGAAAGAUCCCCGCGAUGACUUUUCGUAGGACGAAGGCCGGCUCCAAAACGGGCGUUUCAACCAAACCGGCCACACAGCUUCCGCCGACGAUCAAUCUCAAACCAAGGGCUAAGAAGGCAGGGCAGAAUGGCAGCGACGAAGAGUCAGAUGACGACGCCGCCGGUCAAUAUGCAGCACCUCAGCGGGGCCGGUGGUCGGGCAAAGGAGCAACCCUGCGCUUAGCGGCAAGCUCCAAGAAGCGGCCGCUUUCAGAAGUCGACGACCCAGUCAACGGGAGUCGCCGCGGCAGGAAAUCGGCCAAGUCCAUCCACCGUGCCAGCGACGAGGAUGAGCAAGCUGAGGAACCCGACGACAGCAGUGAUGACGAAGUGGUCGACAACGAAGACAUGGCUGUCGGGUCCCGCCUGCCCUUGCCCGAGGGUGCCGUCCGGGUAGUGGUGCACGCCGAGCGGAUCCCCACGACGUCGCCGAGCGGGCCCGACGGCACCUGGACGUGCGAGGAAGAGGGCUGCAUGUACGUCGUCCGGUCGGCCAACGAGGAAGAUGCGCAGCAGCAAAUCAAGGAGCACUUCAAGGUCCAUGAGGCGCAGGCCGAGAAGAUCAAUCUGGCUGUCAAGGAGAGCCGUGGGCACAUGCCGAUCAAGUACGCCUACUUUCCCCCUGUUCUCCUGCUCGUCUACAUGCACCCCAAUCACAGAGGUACAUACCACUUAGCAUCAACGCCCGCGCCUUUUCAAUUCACUCGUAGCGCGCCAAGUCAGAUCAGUAAUUCAUGAUCUCGGCUUUGCAAGCUAUUUGACAUGCUUAGAUCUCCUAGACCCCACUGCAGCCGUGCAUCACCGGUGCUAAAUAAUGACAGUUAUCUACUCAACAAAAUCCAAGCUCUCGGAAAGGCCGCCUUCGGCAAGAAGCCGGUGACCGUCAACGGAGAUCCCGUGCCCGCGCCAGUGAAGCGGCGGUUGCUGGUUUGAGUGCGAGAGACUGGGUGGAAAUCUUCUGGUGCUGAAAGUGCUGUUGUUUGUUUGCAAUUGUGUGUAAUGAUACAAUACCCCGUACAGUUUAGGCAGAGGAUCCCUGGUGGUAGGGUUGGGCUGGUGGCUGGCUAGGCGUUAUGCGAGUAUGUUGGUGGGUAGCUACUCUGGGCGCUUGAUACGGGAAGGCGUAUGGAAGGGGUUGAUAUGUCAGAGUCUUGUUUAUUCAAACCCCGGAAGCUAGCUCACUGUCUAGAUAAAUGCAAUGUGGGAUCUCCCACGAAAUACCC